AUGGAUGACAGUAGUCUCAAACUAUCUUAUCAUGGAAGAGCCUCCAAAAAGUGCUCAGCUAACUUUUCUCCAGAAAAAUUGACUUUGUCAGGAAACUUUAGUCAAAAACACAGGGAAUUUGAUAUUUCCACUCCUUUGAGAAGAGCAAGCAUGAGACAAGACAUACUGGAUCUUGUUGCACGGAAGACUGAGUCCAGGAUGAUUGAGGAAAAGAGUUUUGAUGACAACCCAAUAUAUGAGGAUCCCAGAGAUGUAAUUGGACAGAAACCUGCUAAGCCUGCAAGAAAACGUAACAUCCAAGGAAUAGCUGUUACAUCUCCCCGAGGUUCUAAAGAAGGCAAGUCUCUUCUUAAAGAACAGAAGAGGAAACUUACCAAGAAAUAUGAGCAGCUUAUAAAUUCCUUGAUGGAGAGGUGUGAAAAGAAUGUUGUGCAGCUAUCAGAAAAAGACACGCAAUUAUCAAAACUAAAAGAGAAGUUGAAAGCUGUCUUGGAAUACAACAAGUUAUUCGCAGAAGAAAACGAUCAGUUAAGAAGUCAAUACGACACACUUGUCAAAUAUGCCGAAGAAUGUAAGAAAGUCAUUAGAGAAGAGAGAGAGAAGAAUAAAGAAUUAGAGAAGAAAGGAAAAGAGAUGGAAGAAAAAAUAAAACAGUAUGAGCUGCCCGAUAGAGAACACGAGCCGCCUACAGCAAUCCCCCUAGUACAAGUAUGUAUGAGCUGCAGCAGCCGUCAGAUCAUUGUCAACCAAGCGAGGGAACAUAACGCUAGAUUACAGAAAGAUAUGCAGGCACUUAAAGAUGUGCUGUAUAGACUAAAUGUGCAGCUGUCUCGUUACCAAGAAAAGCUUCGUCAGAAUAUUCAAUCAAUGGCUGGUGAUAAAGGCGAGCAAGUUUACAAACUACCGGACAACAAAUAUGAUGCUUUGGACUCUCUCCUCACUGCCAGCUUAGGAUAUAAAGGACAAGAUAAUGUGAGUGCAGAAGAUGGACAAACACUAAAACCUGAUGAUCUUUCUCAUACAAGCCGAACAGUUGAUCUAUCGGGAUUGUUGAGUGCUCAAGCUCUAGCACCACUCUUCGACGCUUAUCAAGAGAAUCUACAAGAAAAAGACAGCCUUAUUCAAGAUUAUGAAAAGCAAUUCGAAAACAUCAAUAAAAAGUCUAAACAAAUUGUCGCCGAAAACAAAACAUUGACAGAAAGAGUGAAGGCGUUGGAAGACGAGUUGGCACAUGUAAGGCAGAGUCAGAAGAAGCUGGCGGUGGGGAAAGAAACUGCAGAUAUUGAAAAGAAAACGUUUGCUGAAAGGGCUGAAAGAGCUGAGUCUAAACUGAAGGAGGUUUACGAAUUGUAUGAAGAUAAAAUGGCAGCAAUGAUGCGUGACUACGAAACCAUCCACCGGGAAUACUUUAGCGUAAAGAGCGCACUAGAAAUAUCGGAAACCAAGUUGGCGCAGCUCGACGCUAUGCGAUCGCGUACUGUGCCCGCUGACAUGCACGAGAGAAGACUCGACCAUUGCAAAAGAUUACUAGAAGAGCUUAAACAUCAGUACGGCAUGGAGACAGAUCGCAAGAGUGAACAAGUCACCAAGCUGCAAGAGCAAUUGCGUAUUUUAGAAGAAAAGUAUGCCAAAGCUUGCCAAGAGAAUGAAAAUAUGAAAGAAGAGUUGGAAAAGGCAUUAAAGAAUGUCAGGUUGUACCGCAAGGCGGCGGUGAUCUUCCGCCAGCGGCUGAAGGCGGCGGCGGCGCGCGCGCUGCGCGUGCGCACGAGCGCGCGGCGCGGGCGACACAACAACGAGCCGCUGCGGCUCGCCCUGCACGCGCUCGACAAGAUCAAACAUGAAAUUAAGGCUGUAAAAUCUCGAGCUUACUCUUCCCUAGAAGAACUGGAACGUCGUAUAGUAGAGCAAGAGAAACGAGCGGCCCUGGCUCACUCGGAGUACCGCCGCGAACUGGAACGCGCCUCCCUCGCCCUGGAACACAAGGAGGCCAUUAUACGUAGCCUUAUCGAUAAGGUGGCUGAUGUGGAAGAAGUUAGAUUAAGUCAAACAAACACUCAUCGGCUCCAGGGAAUCGUGACCGAUUCGUCCCCCGAGAGAACCUCGUCGAAUCCAGAACGCAAUCAAGGGAGUAAACAGCCGAUAAAAUUGGUACCUGGUCAUGGAGGAUACUUUCACGAGAAGGAUGGAAAGGGUAUCAAGAAGAGAUCUGAUAAAUGA